AUGCAACUGGGAAUGCUCUGGUUAUUCACAGCCGUAGCUACGGCUAUCGUGGUCAAACAGCCAUUGAACUGGAGGGAAUCUAGAAGAAUUGAUAUGAUAAAACGUGGUGUCUACAAGGACUACCUAAGGCAGAUGGGAACUUUACGAGCAUUACCUCUAGGAAGGUUUCCAAACAGGGUGUUAGACUAUCAUGACUGCGAAUAUGUCUCAAACAUCACUAUUGGAACACCGCAACAGCAAUUUGUCAUAGUUCCCGAUACUGGGUCCGCAGACCUUUGGGUACCUGCUCUCGAAUGCGAUCCUUCGUGUGAUGGCAAACACAGAUUCUCAACUAAGAACUCCAGCACCUUUGUUGGUAGCAAAUCAAGAUGGAUCAUCCAUUAUGGUCUGGGAGAUGCAGCAGGUGUUGUGGGCAAAGAUGUAGUCAGGGAUCCAAUGGACGGUGUUCUCGGACUUGCGUUUUCAAGUAUUUCUUCAAUUAAGCGCGAACCUCCAUUGCUCAACGCUAUAAGGCAAGGCCUGCUAGAAGAACCCAUAUUCACUGUAUGGUUGUCACGUCGCGGACCACAAGACGGCGUAUUUGGAGGUCAAUUUACUUAUGGAGGAUUGGAUACCGAGCACUGUGGACCAAUUAUUGCUUAUGAGAGAUUGUCAUCUGCCUCAUAUUUCCAAUUUAAGGUAAAAGGAACUUGA